CUUUCCAGAUGACUCGGAAUGUUUCGGCAAACGACAAUGGAUAGAAGGAAACUAACAUUGAUUACCUGUCUGCUCUUUAUGACAUGUACAGCAUGCUUUACAGCACCCUCAUAUGUGGAAGGUCCUCAGCCUUCCCAGUGCUCUGUGGCUCCCUGCAGCCGGUUUGACUGUGCACCUGAUAAAGGUGUAAGUAAGGAGGAGUGUGAGGCUCGGGGGUGCUGCUAUUCUCCAACAUCUGAACAAUUGGGAAUAGGACAGCCCUGGUGUUUCUUUGCCUCCAACUAUCCAAGUUACAAAGUGACCAACAAAUCUGAAACAGAAAAUGGAUUUACUGCUACACUCACACGUUCCAUCAAAACAUUUAUGCCGGAUGAUAUUAAUGAGUUGCUGCUUGAUAUUUUACUUGAAACUGACAGCAGACUACAUUUUACAAUUAAGGACCCAACAAAAAAGCGUUAUGAGGUGCCCAUGCACACCCCUAAAGCCAAAGGAAAGGCAUUUGCAGUCCAGUAUGAUGUUCAGAUUACUGAUGACCCCUUCAGCCUUGUGGUCAGAAGAAAGUCCAAUGGACAGAUCGUGAUGAACACUGCCUUGGCUCCAUUGUUCUUUGCAGACCAGUUCCUACAGAUUUCCACAUCCCUGCCUUCUCAAUACUUAUAUGGUUUGGGAGAACAUCUCACUUCCCUUAACUUAGACACCGCCUGGUCCCGUCUGACAUUUUGGAACAGAGAUAUUUCACCGCAGAAAGAUACAAAUCUCUAUGGCUCUCAUCCAUUCUACCUGGCCCUGGAAAAAGAUGGUUCUGCUCAUGGGGUUUUUCUACUUAACAGCAAUGCCAUGGAUGUUCUGUUGCAGCCAGCUCCAGCCUUGACUUGGCGAACCACAGGAGGAAUCUUGGACUUUUAUAUCUUCUUGGGCCCCGACCCCAAGGCUGUCAUACGACAGUAUCAAGAAGUGAUUGGACUUCCCUUCAUGCCACCUUUUUGGGGACUUGGAUUCCAUAUCUGUCGCUGGGGAUAUUCAACUACUGAUAUGACUCGGGAGGUGGUGAAAAAUAUGACCAAAGCCAAUAUGCCUUUGGAUGUACAAUGGAAUGACAUUGAUUACAUGGAUGCAAACCGAGACUUCACAUAUGAUCAGACACGGUUUAAGGACUAUGCGAAUAUGGUUAAAGAAUUCCAUGAACAAGGUCGUAAAUACAUCAUGAUUGUGGACCCAGCUAUCAGCAGUUCAAGCCCCCCUGGAAGUUAUCCACCUUAUGAUGAUGGACUGAAGAGAAGGGUGUUCAUCACUAAUGGGACUGGCCAACCUCUUGUAGGCAAGGUAUGGCCGGGUCUUACGGUGUUUCCUGAUUUCACAAACCCUGAAACUUUCAGCUGGUGGUAUGACAUGGCAAAAGAUUUUCACGACAAGGUUCCUUUUGAUGGCAUGUGGAUAGACAUGAAUGAACCAUCUAACUUUGUCACUGGCUCGUUGGAUGGCUGUCCAGACAAUAAACUUGAAAACCCUCCGUACAUUCCUGCUGUCAAAGGCGGUACCCUACAACACGCUACCAUUUGUACAUCCAGUCAGCAGAACAUCUCUUCUCACUACAACCUUCAUAACUUGUACGGUCUCUCUGAAGCAAUCGCAUCAUACCAUGCUUUAGUGAAGAUCCGUGGGAAACGCCCUUUCAUCAUCUCUCGGUCCACGUUUUCUAGCCAUGGGCACUAUGCAGGUCAUUGGACAGGAGAUAUAUUCAGCAGCUGGGAACAGUUAUAUUACACAGUACCAGCCAUAUUACUCUUCAAUAUGUACGGAGUCCCUCUGGUCGGAGCAGACAUUUGCGGCUUUGGUGGAGAUACUACUGAGGAGCUUUGUGUGCGAUGGAGUCAGCUGGGUGCUUUCUAUCCAUUCAUGAGAAAUCAUAACAGUCAUGAUUCUCGGCCACAGGAACCAUAUGUUUUCAGUGAGAAAUCUCAGACCGCUAUACGAAAUGCUUUGUACAUCCGGUAUUCCCUGCUUCCCUAUCUGUACACGUUGUUUCAUAGAGCUCACAGCUCUGGGGACACUGUAGCUCGUGCGCUCUUCAUAGAGUUCCCCACUGACCCAAACACAUGGACUAUCGACCGCCAGUUCCUUUGGGGAGAGGCACUGCUGAUUACGCCAGUCCUUGAGCAGGGGAAAACUGAAGUGAAUGGAUACUUUCCCUCUGGGACAUGGUAUUCACUUCUGACGGGUGUACAACUUCAAAGUAAAGGUCAGUGGAUCACACUUACUGCACCAAUGGACACAAUCAAUGUUCAUGUUAGAGGUGGCUGCAUUUUGCCUUUACAGUUACCAGGUAUGACCACACAGGAGACACGCAAGAAUAGUCUGGUGCUGGUGGUGGCACUUACUACGGAGGGAUUUGCACGAGGGGACCUGUUCUGGGAUGAUGGAGACAGUUUAGGAACGUUUGAAAGGAGAGAUUUUACCCAAGUGCUAUUUAUUGCAACACAUAACACUCUUCUAAGUGAAGUGAUACAGCUCAACAGUGAUGCAGAUGGCUUGAAAUUAGAAUCAGUGAAGAUAUAUGGGAUUGCGAGUCCUCCAAAGAAAGUGCUGGUUAAUCAGGUUGCUACUGAAGAUUUCACCUACAGAAAAGACACCAAGGUUUUCUCGGUGGAGAAGCUCUCACUAUCAAUAGAAAACCAGUUUACAAUCACAUGGUCUUGA